AUGCAUUUGUUGAAAUACUUUUUGCUUUAUAAUUCUGCAGAAGGCUCGAAUGGAACCGAUUGUUUGGAAGUACUCAAGUAUGAAAAUCCACUCGGUGAUUUUCAAAAUUGCCCAGAAAUGAGAUGUAGCGAGAAUUAUGCAUGUGCUGUAAAUGAUUGUAAUGGAUAUGCGUGUUCAUUGCCCGAUCAAUGUGCUGAACACGGGUUAAUUUACUCUGAGUUUCAUCCCUCAUCGGACUUGACCAACAAUAAUAAUCACGUUACAAAUGAAGGCCAAGGCUAUUACUGCAGCGAGUCGCCUGUAUUGAAAUGCCAGUUUGAUGCAGAUGGAUUCGGACUUUUCGUCACCAAAAAGCCUAUCAAAAGAGAUGAGUCUUUCGGAAAGGAUGACCGAGUCAUGGCGCUCAUUUCCAAAUCUGAACAUCAACAAUUCAUUGACGUCCCCCCUUUCAAGCGAUUCGGAAAAUCUUCAUGCAUCGGAAUCGAGGACACUUAUGGGCAUUGGCAUUUCAAUUUGAAUCAGAUUCAGCUCAACGAUGACUGUAAAGAGAUGUUUGACUUUAGCUAUGUAAGCGAUUCGCAAAAUAAACAGUGGGUCCACAUUGACUUUGCUAUCGGAUAUGAUGACCUUUUUGCGAGCAUUGGUGGCGAGCCUGUUCCAGGGCAAAUUUCGUAUGGUCGAUCAGACAUCUACACCUGCCGAUUGCUCGCCGAAGAUUGGGAUAGCGGUUGGGACUUGGGCACUGGAGGAAGACCUCCAUAUGAACACAUCGUCGAUGAUACAGUGAUUCCCUUCGAUUUUGGACUUUACAUAGAUCGUGAAUAUACCCAAAGAUGGAGUGGCCAGCCCAUUGACUUAUCCGAAGGCAGCCAGUUCACGAAUCUAUACGUGCAAAUUGAACACGGGCUUUCAUCUGGAGACGAGCUUGGCAAUCAUCUACUGCACAUUACUGAGUGCACGGCUUACAUAAACAAGUUCAACGAAACCACUCUUGAGUAUGAAGUAUUCAACGAGUUUGUCUUUCUCGACAAUGGAUGUCCGAUGAAAGAUACGAAUCAUAUCUUGAAGAUGAAAGAGAAACGAACAGAAUGGACCACGAAUGAUAGAAUGUUCAACAAAGAUCAGUUUGUCUUCUAUCCUUCAUACUUUCCGGACGGGUCGUAUCAGCUGAGUUAUAUGUGCAAAUACGCUCUCUGCCCAUCGGAAGCAUUUCAGAUUCAAGAUAGCCCGGGCGGACAAGUGUGCCGACUCUCACAAGAAGAAUCAAGAGUCGAAUCAUGUGAUGAUAGAUAUGACAAUUUAUUCUUGUCACGAUCGACUGGAGGAGAAUAUGACCGGUCUGACGAAUUCAAAAAGAAAGUCGACUUUCAAUUUACAAAAGGCAUCACACCUGCUCCAUCAGAACAUUGUGAAGAUAAGAUUCUCUUUGACACAGACUACGAUUUGGAAAUCAGUGUAAGGCUACGCGACAAAAAUACUGGAGAGAUUAAUGAUUGGGAUGGAAAAUUGCUGAGACCGGAAAUCGAGAGCGACUUCUUUAUGGAAAUCUCGAAUAAGUUUGAGCCUGAAAGUGAGCUAAAAUAUAACAUUAUGCAUCUGGACUCCUGUCGAACAACUUCAUAUGCUUAUUCGAGGGAAGACCCAUACAACACGAAUUACUGGCGAUAUGAAGAAAUUGACGAGGAGUUUAUAAAGGAUGGUUGCCUUUUGUAUCCGGAGUUCGUCUUGUCUGGGCAGUAUGCCAGUAAACGUUUCGAGAUGACAUCGAAUCGAACUGACUAUUCUACAAAUGAGAUUAUGCUGAAGAGAGAACAAUUUCUUCUCCCAAACAUAUUCAGUCCUCGCGGAAAUGGAAGUGGCUCGAUGAACGUUACAGUGACUUGUGAUGUCCGGCUUUGCACUUCAGAUAGCUUCAAUGGUAACUCUGCUUGCAAACUGAGCAAAGAAGAGCACUGCAGAGCUAGAUAUGAUCAAAUUUCGACUGAAACUCAACGCUGCCCUCAUCAAAUAAGCAAGAUUAAAACAGUGUCUGCUUUUAUGCUGCAUGAUAAUGCGUCUUCUCUUUUGCUUAGCUUGCCAGUUAUUCUCUUCUUGCUACUGUAA